AUGCCUCACCGUGCCGGCAAUAUUUUCAAAAUCCAAUAUUCCAUCGGGUGGAGCGACCCUGAUCCCGCACUUGAAAGAAACUACUUGAAUCAAACAAGGGUUAUGCACGAUUUCAUGACACCAUUCGUAUCAAAGAAUCCAAGUGGUGUGUUCUUGAACUACAGAGAUCUUGACAUCGGCGUGAUGACCGGAGACAAUUACAGUGAAGGUAAAGUUUACGGGCAGUAUCAUCGGGCAGUUUGCAGCUACUCUUCCCCUCCACUUCUCUCUUUCUCUCUCAUCUCUCAUCUCUCUCGCUCUAAUAAACUCCCUUGUUUUCAGCUUAAUUUUGAUUGUUGUCUUGAGGGACUCUUAUAUCUCCAUAGGUUUUCAAGGCUGGAGAUUAUCCACAGAGAUCUGAAAGUAUUUUUGGAUGUUGUGGAGAGUGUGAAUAUGCUCAUGAACAGUAAUGGGCAAAUAGUUAGAUCAGAAGUCGUCGGUGCAUUGAAGAUGCGAACUUAUUUGAGGAGCUCAUUUCCUCUAUUUCUACAGACUUUACCUGAUGGUGUAAGAUUGAGGGAUGAUAUUAAUGUUUUGCUCUUGGGAGACCCAUCCACUGCAAAAUCACAGUUUCUCAAGUUUGUUGAGAAGACUGCUCCUAUAGCUGUAUACACUUCCGGGAAAGGCUCAUUUAUAGUCGGGCUUACUGCUUCUGUCAUUCGUGAUAACAGCACUAAAAUAGCGACUCAUAUCAUUCGGGUCCAUACAUCUGCUAAUGCAGCGGGUGAACCUAGGGAUACUAAAGAUGAUAACUGGCUUAAAAGGUCUGUACUCUGUAAUAUUUUUCAAGCAUUCAUGGAGGCCAACCACCAUUUCCCUUGUGUUGAAAGCAUUAUUUGCAUUACACAUCAUAUUCACCGUUUUUUUAUGUCAACCUUCAAGAGGAACAACAUAUGUAUGGACCCGAAUGAUAUGGACCCGAAUGAUAUGAACAUAAAGAUUAUAUCUCCUGUAUUGGAUAUGAUACCUAUGUCUUUGGGUAUUAAGCUGGCUGCUAGAAGGAUUGGAGAUUGCAGUUAA